AUGGAGGGGUUGUUAAGCCAGUUCAGGAAGGUGUUUGCCGAUCUAGUGGGGUUACCUCCUGACUAUAGUAUGGUACACCAUAUACCUCUCAAGGAGGGCAUUGAUCUGGUGAAUGUCAGACCUUAUAGAUACCCUCAUGUGAUGAAAAGGGAAAUCGAGCAGCAAGUCGUGGAGAUGCUCAAAACAGGGGGAAUGGAUCUAGAGAAGGUAAAAGUUGUGUUGGAAUGGAGCAGGCCAAAGACUGUAAGGGGAUUAAGGGGAUUCCUGGGACUGACUGGCUAUUAUAGGAGGUUUGUCCGAGAUUAUGGGGAAAGUAGCCAAGCCCCUGAGAGAGUUAUUGAAGAAGGGAGAAUUCAUAUGAAGUGA